AUGCUGCGGGAGUUGUUUGAAGUGGGCUGUGUGGAUAGUGCCACAAACUCGCUGGAGGCCAUCUUUCUUGAUGGCACACGGCAGAAGUUGAAGGUGUUCGCUGUGCGGCUGGUCGGUUUCUGUGGAGAAGAGGAACUAUUUCGCAAAUGGAAGAAGGAUGCGAGUACACGUCCGGUGCGAACUGUGUACGUGGGAUUGGAGGGACGUGCCUCAACGCCAACACCACCUGUAGCAUCUCCAUCUAUACAUGAUGGUAGUAGCAGUGACCAUAACCAUAUGAGUGGUGAUAUGGGGGAUGAUGAUAAUAAUGCUAUUAAUAAUUAUAAUAAAAAGAAAGCAAUGAUGACUUUUCUUUUGUGUUUUGUGUUUUGUUUAAAGAUUGAUGAUGUGCUGACUCUACUAGUCUUGUUUGUGUUGUUCUUCAUAAUUGCUGUAACUGGAUCACCUAUAAUCCACAUUCUUGACUGUUCCAAAUCUUUGUUUCCCACUCUUUUCCACAUGUAG